AUGAGUGAGAAACCCAACCAAGAACCAACUGAGCCAAGUGUUUCAUUUACAACAUUGAAAGUGAAGAAUAAAGUAUGGGCAAAAUUCAUUAGUACAAUCUCACAAAUACCAGGCGCCAGUAGUACCUACUUACAAUCAAAUGUGGUUCAACACGAUGAUAAUACAAGUGGAAUAAAUUCACAACAGAUUACAAAUAAGGGAGGACGUAUUACAUUUCAACAGUCUGGUACAUAUAUGAUUAUUGUAAAUGUACAAGUUGGUGCACUAACUGGCAUUGGUGAUUUACAUUUGUGGUUUCGUUUAAAUGGUAGUGAUGUAUCGAAUUCAAACGUCGUUCGGUCACUAGUAAAUGAGAAUGACGUAUCAAUAUUACUCAAUCAGUUGGCAAUUGAACUUGAAAGUGGUGAUUAUAUUGAACUUGUUUAUUCAACAACAAAUUCACGCCUUGGUAUAAUAACACUUCUACAGGUAGGUGAACCAACACCAAUCAGUGCUGCUGCUUUAAUAUUUCGAGCAUGA